GCGGCGGCCCCGAGCAGGCGGCGUGGGGAUCGCGGCUCCCCUGUCCCCCCGGGACCAGCCGGCGGGCACCGCUGCCGCUCGUCCCCCGUCCCCUCGGCGCUGCCGGAGCAGCUCGGCGGGGGCCGGCGGGCCGCCCCGCCAUGGAGGGCGAGGCGAACGGGACCCUCCACCCGUCGUGCGGCGCCAGCCAGCCGCCCUACGCACAGGAGCUCCUCCAGAGCCUUGACCUACCAGGGAGAUUUCUCUUUGCAAUCUUGACUCUGAUGAUGCUAAUUGCCAAUCUGGUGUUUAUAGAGGAAGCGGUCUACAUCUACAGGAAAAUCCCCUCCUCCAAAAGUUCAAUCAUAAUUUGGAUUAAUGCUGCAGCUCCAGUGAUCGGUACUACAUCAUGCAUUGGCAUGUGGAUUCCUCGCUCAGCAAUGUUUACAGAAUUCACAGCAGCAGUAUUUUUUGCCAUAGUUAUCCACAAGUUCCUGCUGAUGAUGAUUAAAGAGUGUGGAGGUCAAAAGCUGCUCCUCAGGCGGUUUGAAAAUUGUCGCUGCAAGAUCAGCACUGGUCCCUGCUGCUGCUGCUGCCUUUGCCUCCCUCAUGUGCGCAUCACUAGGCGAACCCUCUUUUGGCUGAAGCUGGGCACCUUUCAGUUUGCUUUCCUUCGACCUGUGUUCAUGUUUUUAUCAAUAGUGCUUUGGACUAAUGGCAAUUACACCCUUUACAAUUUAUCUCCCAAAGGAGCUGCAAUAUGGAUUAACUGCUUUGUUGGUGUCCUCACCAUUAUUGCCCUGUGGCCGGUUGGAAUCAUGUUUCAACAAGUUAGGACUCUCCUUAUCUGUAAGAAGAUCAUCCCAAAGUUUGCUCUUUAUCAGUUUAUCCUCAUUCUGAACCACUUGCAGGCAGCUAUUAUCAACAUCUUGGCCAUGCAAAGAAUUAUUCCCUGUGCUCCACCACUCUCCUCCUCAGCAAGGGGAGCAUAUAUCACCCAGCAGCUCCUCAUCAUGGAAAUGUUUCUGAUAACCCUAAUCUCAAGGGUGGUCUAUCGGAGAAGAUACAAUGACCUAGAGCCUCUGGAGUGUACGGCUGAAGAAGCUGGGGACAACAAGCAGACCCCUAAGAUUAUCCUGAAUGGUGCAGUUAGUGAAGAUGGAUUGCCAAGGGUUUAAAAGCCCUGGUGCUCCUAUUCUGCAGGAGCUGGAAGCUCAGCUUCAGGAGCUUGUAUAUUCUUGCACCACAAAUAGUCACUGUCCACGUUGGAACAAUUUCUGACAUAAACGCCUGUGAGCUGCAGUACUGGAAGGACUACUAGUGGAAAGAUAACCCCAUUUGUUCUCCAGUGAUAUAUACAUGGUGUGAGGGUUUUCAUACCAUGUAAUUUAGUAAGAUUUCAUACCAUGUACUUUCAUGCCGUUAUUGAGCACUUGAUGGUAGCCAGAUUAUCUCACAGUGUGAUUUUAUUUUAUUUUUAUUUUUCAGCUAUUAGAAUGGCUAUGAUUUAGAGUUAACCCAGAGUCAUUCUUAUUCUUCUCUUUUGACUUUUGAAAAUCUUAUUUGACCCUGGGUUACCAUCAUAUAUCCAACAUGACAUAUGUUCCAUCCUUCCUCCAUUAAAAUUUAUCAGCUCUCACUCUAUGCCAUGAGCUCACCGUAGCUAAUUCUGAUCAAUAAAUACAUUUGCAUAUGUUUGUUCUGAAAUCCCCAAACCUGUCUGGGCUCUCCACCUACAUAAAUGAUGAUCUUUUUAGGGCAAGACAUUUUACUCACCUUUUCCAAGGUGAAUUCCUUUGCAGCUCGCCUGCUAACUUGGUAAAUACAGAGUUGCUCUUUGUAAAUAUGUCACUGGCAGAUGUUCUCCCUAGGGAUGGCAGGUUCUCUGUCACCGGCACAGAAAAGGAAAGUAGGAGUUAGAGCCUGAGAUGUCUUCUGCCACUGUUCUGUGAUGGUUCAUUGAGCUUUGCUUCUCUGCUUGGAAAAUGGGAAUAAUGAUAAUCAGGAUCCUUGUGAUAAAGGUGUCUGUGGGGCUAAGAGCUACUGAAAGGAGUCUCUUUCAAAAAAUCCUUACCUCCCCAGCUUCUUCACCCCAAAUUUGACCUGCCCUGGCAUUCAGUAGGACAUUGACUAUCAGAGGAUCUUUUCAAUUCACACCCAUUGCUCUGUUUCACAUAAACCAAUUUUUACUUUUUGCAAAUGACCCCAAUGUUUUUGGAUUAACUUAAUUGCUUUGAUUUAGCUCACUAUAAUUUAUAAAAUGAUACUGUGUUUAGUAAGCAUUUGGGUAUUUUGUUUGUUGGGGCAGGAGGUGCAGUGCCAUAUGCUAGCACUUGUCUAUCCUCAUAUAAUCUGAGCCCUAGAAGUAAAUACCCAAUCCAUGCAGCAAGAAUUCUUAUUCCAUAUGUAGGCUGGGAAAAAGUUUCAUGUUGGAAAAUACGUUAAUAACAUCUUUUACCUAUAUUAUAUCAAAUAUAGCUUAUCAUCAGAGCAAAGCUAGGCAGAUAGUGGGGCUUUAUUUUUAGUUGACUAGGAAUUAAAAAAAUACUCUCAGUUUGGGAGUUGGUGGAAAAUGAAGUAUUCUGACAAUGGCUACUGAACCAUCUGGAAGUAAAAGGGGGUUAAAUCAAACAAAAUGUUUUCUUCUCUCUGAUUGAGGUCAGAAACAAUAUUUUCUUUAACAAUUGAAGGAUUCCAUUAUAGUAGAAAAACUGAAUUAUUUUUGUUUUGAAGUGUUUGAAACAAUUUUUAGAUUUAAAUUUUUCCUAAGCAGGCAGUCUGGGAAAUCAAUACAGAUUCUUGGACUCAUUAACAUGACAGAAUCUGCACUUUUCCUUUGAAAAAUAGCUUAGGUGAAAAUUUUCACUCUGCAUUAGAGUGUGUCAGUAGAAUUAACUGGCGUCAGCUAACAUAUUCUUCACAUGGGCAAUCUUAAUGUAUUUUAAGAUUAUGGCUAUUAGCAUAUUCCUAAUGUUGCCUUAUAUCAAUGUUGUCUGGGCCACAGGUACAUUUGUAGACUCGCAGAGCAGUACUUAACUUCAUAAGGGCAUUGGGAAUGGUUGGCUGUGAGUUCAAGCAGCUUCAGAUCUGGAAAAUAAAAUUCUUUGAGUUGUUAAGGAA